AUGUGCGCGGGCCUGAGAGCUGGACUCGAGGCCGGGACGGACACCUAUGCACAAUGUCCAGCAAUCCAUUCCGGCGCUCGCGCACACUUGACGCCGAUCCAUCCUCAGCAAACAUCUUUGAUACCACAACACCUCCCGCAGCUCCGGAAGUCGCGGCUUCCAGUAAGAUGGCUUGAGUCGCACAGCCAGUCGACACCCCCAAAGCGAACAAAGAAAAAGAAGGUAGUGAUCCAGACCCCACCGCACUCGCCAGAGUUUGUAUACAGUCCCGAGAAUGGAGGAAGAAGAUUGCCGGCUGCAGACUCUGCCACGAGAGCCCCAUUGCCUCCGCCGCACACGGAUUCGAGUACGAUAGAAGAUAGCGAGAGUGAGUCCACGAGCACGGCCGACGAUUCAGAGCUGGAGAGGCCCGCGGCAGCCAAUGCAGGACGGAAUCUUGGGGCAAUGCCGCCGCCGGGAGUCGAGGGCACAGGAGCUACGCGUGCGCCAUACAAUCCUUUUGCGAGGACAUUGCCUCCGAAUGAGGCGGGGCUGGCAUAUUCACGAGAAAAGACAGAACAGCUGGACGGAAAGGGGGAGAAUAAGGAGCAGAGAAGACCAGUGAUGGAUAUGGACAUGUUCAAAAAUAUAUUGAUGACCGGAGGACCUGUUCCGGCUGGGCUGAGCACUCAGACGAGACAGCACGACAGCAGCAGCAAUGCUACGGAUACCUCCUCGGUAUUCGAUUCUGCCUAUGGUUUGCAUCCAGAGUCGCCGUCAAUGGGAUAUGACGACUAUCGGUCUGCGUCUGCUUCAGAGGAUGACGACGAUCACGAGAAGUCGCAAUUGAUGGGUGCUGGGAGGUCUGAUGAUCUUGCACCUCCUGCACCACCCAAACCAAAGCGCGGACCUCAGACUGUGUCUUUUGCGGAUUUUGAUCAGUCGAUACCACCCAACUUUCUGUCUGCUGGGCCUUCUACACAAACCCAGCAUAUCACGGGCAUUUUGCGGACUGCUACACCUCCGAAGCCUCAUCGCGACCUGAACAAGCCAUUACCGCCUCCUCCGCAAGCUGCAAGCGAGCCACCUCCGCCUGCUGUUCCCGCGAAAGAUAUUCCCUCUACUCAACCUGCAACAGUGCCAGCUCCUGCGAGCGAGGAUCUGACUCCGAAAAAGGUGCCACCUCCACCACCUUCAUCCCGGAGACAGCCUGCUGGUCACAGCCGAGCAAGAAGUGUUUCGAACGUGUCCAACAAUACUUUGGACUCGGUCACUUCUGCACCAGGAUCAGAAAUCUCCGGUCUGCAGCAAAAGCCAGAAGACAUUGCUAUCAAGCCUGCUCCGCCGCCGCCGCCGCAUAGAAGGAACAUGUUCGGAUCGCAACCUCACGCAAACACACCUCCGAGAACUGCGUCGCCGCUUCAGACCGAUAACAAGCUAGCUCCGGUACCUCCGCCUCGUCGUCAGGGCUCGAAGCGUGGCGGGAGCACUGAUAUCAGCCGACAAACGUCUGAUGACUCCACAACCACACGCCGUACUGAUCCCUCUCCAGCAGCCGGCGGCGCGAUUCCUCCACCUCCGCCACCUCGUCGUGAACGAGGGUCGAAACGCACCAGUCUCGAUGGACCACCUGCUUCCCUCUCACGGAGACUCAGUGGAGAUCAUCAUCGUGAUACUAGCUUUGACAGUGAAAGACCGGCGUCCAUCUCUAGCUUGCAAAAGGUUGCUGAGAUAGGAGAGUCCACUGAGCACGCCGUGUCCUCGCCUGAUUCGAGUCGUGACAUUCUGGCCGAUAUGGCCGCUUUCCAAGCUGAGAUUGACGCCUUGAGGGCCGAAGGCACCAAAGCACGAUGA